AUGGUCCCUGUACAGUCUUUCACAGGUGGGCUGCUGGGCACAGGUGGGGCUGCUGGUCACAGGUGGGGCUGCUGGUCACAGGUGGGGCUGCUGGUCACAGGUGGGGCUGCUGGUCACAGGUGGGGCUGCUGGUCACAGGUGGGGCUGCUGGUCACAGGUGGGGCUGCUGGUCACAGGUGGGGCUGCUGGUCACAGGUGGGGCUGCUGGUCACAGGUGGGGCUGCUGGUCAUAGGUGGGGCUGCUGGUCACAGGUGGGGCUGCUGAUCACAGGUGGGGCUGCUGGUCACAGGUGGGGUUGCUGGUGCUGGUGCUGGCGGCUGGCGCUGGUGCUGGUUCCUGGUGCUGGCAGCUGGCACUGGGGCUGGUUCCUGAUGCUGGCGGCUGGCGCUGGGGCUGGUUCCUGGUGCUGGCGGCUGGCGCUGGUGCUGGUUCCUGGUGCUGGCGGCUGGCACUGGGGCUGGUUCCUGGUGCUGGCGGCCGGCGCUGGGGCUGGUUCCUGGUGCUGGCGACUGGCGCUGGGGCUGGUUCCUGGUGCUGGCGGCUGGCGCUGGGGCUGGUUCCUGGUGCUGGCGGCUGGCGCUAGGGCUGGUUCCUGGUGCUGGCGGCUGGCGCUGGGGCUGGUUCCUGGUGCUGGCGGCUGGCGCUGGGGCUGGUUCCUGGUGCUGGCGGCUGGCGCUGGUGCUGGUUCCUGCGUCCCACCGCCACUCCCUUCCCCUCCUCCCUCUCCUCCCCAUGGCGACCGCCGCUGCACACGCAAACAGUCGCGACGGGGGGGGCGAUCGCCAGUGCUCUGGCGAUCGUCGCUGGCGUUCCCCCGUCACUCCUAUCCCUUCUUCCCUCUCGCCCCCACAGAGUUCCGCCGCCACUCCCAUCCCUUCUUCCCUCUCCCCCCCACAGCGACCGCCAGUGCGACGGGCGAGGUGCAAGGAGGCGCUGGCUGCAGUCGAUGGCGCAAACGCGAUCGCGGGCCGCUGGCGACUUCGCUGGCGACUUCGCUGGCGACUUCGCUGGCGGGUCGCUCGCGGCGGGUCCGCUGGCGUUCGCCAUAG